AGAAGGAACUGAAGAAGAAACAACAGCUGUCCAUUUGCAACAAGCUUUGCUAUGCAGUUGGUGGGGCCCCUUACCAGGUGACUGGCUGUGCCCUGGGGUUCUUCCUGCAGAUCUACUUGUUGGAUGUGGCUCAGAGUCACAGUGGAUGAGAAAUAAGGCGGCUUUGGAGAGUAUCCAGAAUAUUCCACCCAGGAAUCUUAACUGGCAAGGUGGACCCUUUCUCUGCCUCCAUCAUCCUUUUUGUGGGCCGAGCUUGGGAUGCCUUCACAGACCCUCUGGUGGGCUUCUGCAUUAGUAAAUCCUCCUGGACCCGCCUGGGCUGCCUCAUGCCCUGGUGAGUAGAAGAGGCUGCAAGGUGGCAGAAGACGGAACUUCUGGCAUGUCUACUGACCGUUGCUCCUUCCAUCUGGCUUGUCAAAGGCCAGGGGGUGAGGAGGAGGAAUGACUCAAAAAUGUUGAAACUCCAGCUGAGGCCACCACUGCUCCAGGCGUAGGCACUUGGAUGCCCUUGCACUUUACUCUCAGGCUUGCCAGAUUGUCAGACUCAGCAGGUUUCCCUAGCCCAGACCUCACUGCUUCCUUCAAUGAAGCUGGAAUUCUAACUGUUCCCACUCCAUCACUUCUCAUACUAGCAGGGGUAAUACUGCAUAGUGGUUGAGAGGUUAUACCCUGGAACCAGCCUGCCUCAGUUUGAACACCAGCUUCACCACUGUAGCUGUGCAACCUUGGGCAAGUCACUUAACAUCUCUGAGCUUCAAGCAUCUUCAUAGGCAAAAUGGGAAUAAGUAUGCCUAUCUCACAGGGUUGUAGUAGGGAGUAAAUGUUUUUAAAAUAUGUAAUGUACUUAGAAUAGUGACUGUACACAUAUUAAGUAAUAUGUAAUUUGGUACCCCUUCAGAGUGGCUCCUGGCGGGAGGUAAUACCGUGAAUGGGAUAGCAGACCCAUAUCCUCUGGCCCCUUGUACGAUGUGAACUACCUUUUCCCUUGUUACAAAGCCUACACUAUUCCAUCAGGCUAUGGGGCAAGGUGGGGGGAGGUGGUGCCAUAGAUCAGACAGCAAAGGGAGACACAGGACAGGCUGACAGGCCGGAGCUCUGGUUCCCUCCAGGACAUCCUGCUUGGCGUGGGGAGGGAGGGUAGACAUACUCCUUUCAUCUCCAGCCCAUACUGGCUCAAGUGGGCGCCUUCCUGCCCCAGGGGCGUCCAUACCUGGUCUCCGGCCUUCAAAGCUCUUCCCAGGCUCUUCCUAUGGCUCUAACCCCCCACCAGAGCUUCCUUUCCCACGAGACCCCCUCCCACCACAGCUCCUGGCUAAGGCCCAGGCUGGGGCCUUUGAUCCAGGCCUCUGGGGGUGGGAGGGGGUCUCGUGCGACAGGCCCAUGAUGACAGCCUGCUUUACCUGGGCAGGCUGCUCAGGCCUCCCAGCAAGCCAGCUGGUGAGGCCUAGCCCUGUACCCGCCUCCCUGGCAGCCAGUGGAAGGCGGGGCUCCGCUGCCACAUCUCCUCAUGAGGCACAGCCAAUGGGAGGCAGCUACUUUGGCCAGCCCAACACAACAGCAGCGCCGGGUUACUCCCAGUCACAUUCGGUUCCUCAGAGGCUGCUCAGCUGCCUAUGAGAGGAGGAUUGAGUGUUUGACGAAGGCUGAUGGAGGAGCCCUUGUUCUCUGAGGAGACACGUGGAUUUGGCAAGGGUGGAGGAGGGCAGGGAAGGAGAGCAGAGAAGGCCCUCCCUGUGGGCGGCAGGAUCUGAGGGCCUCUCGCCGAGCAGGUGUGGCAGCCGGCUUGGUGAAGUUGCUGAGAACCCUUCAGGCUGGUUUCUGUUUUAGCACUGUGUCUGUAGUUGUCCUCACUUGUCUGGGUGAUGAUUCCUAGUGAUACUGCUCAUGUGGUGCCCCAGCCCUGUGUCAGAGGGUGCCCUGGGAUACUCAUGGGCUGAGGGGCCCUGUGUAGUAUAUGUGACCUCAUGGACUAGGCUCUUUCUCAGGCCUGGGACCUGGUACCCCUUCUUUCAAUGAAGGAAGAGGUUGGGCCUUUCAAGGAUCAUGAGCCCCGUGACCCACUCUUCCUCCUGGGCCUCAGACUAGCUCCUGCCCUCAGCCAUCAUUUAAAUCCCUUCUUCAGAGCAGGAAGACUUUGAUAGACACUUUCCCUGGAGUUCCCAAGGCUAUCCGAUGAGAGGCAGGAUGUCUGCAAAGACUCGGGGAGGCCAAGAUGGAACAGGGGUGGACCUGAGGUCUGGUUCCUAGCCCAGUGCUGUCUGCAGUUCCUAGCUGUGGGCCUGUUAUGAACUCUCCAGCUGAGAUUUCUUGCUGUGAUAAUCACAGCAAACCCUGUUUCAAGUACUGUUCUACAUUUUAAUAUCAUCUUAUUUAUGUCUCAAAACUACUUCAACCCUAUGAAAUAGAGCCAAAGUCCAUAUGAUGGCCUGUAAGGCCCUACACGGCCUGGCAUGCUCUUUCCAAACUCAUCUCCUAAGCCCAUCUGCUAUGCUCACUACUUAAGCCCUACUGGCCUCCUUGCUGAUCCUCAGACCCACCUGAGGACCUUUGUACCAACUGUUCCCCUUGCCCAGCAAGCUCUUGCCUCAGAUCUCUGCAAGGCCAACCCCCUCUUCACACUCAAGUCUUGACACAGAUGUCACCUUCUCAGUGAGGGUUACCCUGUCCCUUCAGUUGUGAAUUGCACCCCCUUACUCCUUUAGUCUGCUUUAUCCUUUUCUUCAUAGCACUUAAUCACCUUCUAACAUCUUAUAUAAGUUAUUGUGUGAAAAUAUGUAUAACAAAAUUCAUCAUUUUAACCAGGUUUAGGUUUACAGUUCAGUGGCAUUAAGCAUAUUCAAGCUGUUGUGCAACCAUCACCACCAUCCAUCUCCAGACCUUUUUCAUCUUUGCAAACUGAAACCUAGCACCCAAUAAAAAAUAAUUGCCCAUCUUCCCUGCCCCCGGCCCCUGGCAAUCACCACUGUACUUUCUGUCUCUGAUUUUGACUAUUCUACAUAUCUCAUAUAAGUGGGGUCAUACAAUAUUAUCCUUUUGGGUUUAGCUUACUUAGCACAGUAUCUUCAGGGUUCAUCUGUGCUGUAGCACAGAAUUUAUCCUCUUUAAGGCUGAAUAAUAUACCUUUUUAAUUAUGUAUAUUUUUAAUUUGCCAACUAGAAUGUAAGUUCCACAAGAGCAAUGAUUUUUGUCUGUUUUGUUCACUGAUAAAUCCUAAGUAAUCAGAAUGGUGCUCAGACAUAGUGGGCACUUGAAUAUUUCUUGCAUAAAUAUUGAAUGUAAAGUAGGUGCUAUUACUAUUUUCAUUUUACAGAUUGGAAAAUGAGCCUCAGAGAAGUUAAAUAAUUUGCCCAAGACAAAGUUGUUUAUAGUUGUUGGUAGAACUGGAAUUGGAUCCCUAAAGUUUGGCUCCAAAGGCCUUUAUUUUAACCACUGCUCUCUGCUGCUUUUCUAUACUGAUGCCAUGAAGUCUGUCCGUCUUGAGGUCUAACCACUUGUGACGUGUGGGACUCACAAGUGGGGAGGCAGGCAUUUGCCCCCUUUACACUUAUUCCACUAGGCCCAGUCCUCCACCAUGGCCUCUCUAGAAGGAAAACCUUUGCCCAUGGUUGGCUUCCCCGACCCCUUUGUGUAUGUAUCAGGGGUGUGUGUGUGUGUAUGUGUGAACAUGUGUGAGAACACUGGUGUUGAGGUUGCACCUCCCUGCUUCCCUGCCCCACAGUCUGAGGUCUUGGCCACCAUUCUCAGUCCCCUAGCCCACAGGAGGCCCCUGUCUCUAGAGCCUACUCCCCUGGGAAGAUGGAGUCAAGACUCAUGUCUAACCUCAUGUUCCACACUCACGAUUUUAGUCCAGGAGCCCAAUUCCAGUCUACCCUUCCGGGCUUGGCUAUCAGCCUCUUCCCAGAGACCCUGGGAUGGGUGGAUUUGGAAGGAGGAAUUUCCUUCCCAGCGGGCACCCUGUGGGGCUACAGAGUAGUCCAGCCAAGCUCAGAUCCUGGGGUUUUGGCAUCCAGCCCCCCUCAGACCCUCCCCUUCCUCAGGAUCAUCUUCUCCACGCCUCUGGCCGUCAUAGCCUACUUCCUCAUCUGGUUUGUGCCUGACUUCCCACAGGGCCAGGCCCUGUGGUACCUGCUGUUCUAUUGCCUUUUUGAGACACUGGUCACGUGUUUCCACGUUCCCUACUCAGCUCUCACCAUGUUCAUCAGCACAGAGCAGAGUGAGCGGGAUUCUGCCACUGCAUAUCGGAUGACUGUGGAAGUGUUGGGCACAGUGCUGGGCACAGCGAUCCAGGGGCAAAUUGUGGGACAAGCCGAUACACCUUGUCUCCAGGACCCCAACGGUUCUGCAGUGGCCUUGGAAGUUGCCAAUCACACACAUGGCACCACCUCACUUAGAGAAACGCAAAAUGCAUACCUGCUGGCAGCAGGGGUCAUCGCCUCCAUCUAUGUCAUCUGUGCUGUCAUCCUAACCCUGGGCGUGCGGGAGCAGAGAGAACCCUAUGAAACUCAGCAGGCUGAGCCAAUGCCCUUCUUUCGGGGCCUCCGGCUGGUCAUGAGCCAUGGCCCAUACAUCAAGCUUAUUGCAGGCUUCCUCUUCACCUCCCUGGCUUUCAUGCUGGUGGAGGGAAACUUCGCCUUGUUUUGCACCUAUACCUUGGGCUUCCGAAAUGAAUUCCAGAACCUGCUUCUGGCCAUCAUGCUCUCGGCCACAUUCACCAUUCCCAUCUGGCAGUGGUUCCUAACCCGGUUUGGCAAGAAGACGGCUGUAUACUUUGGGAUCUCAUCUGCAGUACCAUUUCUCAUCUUGGUGGCCCUCAAGAAGAGUAACCUGAUCGUCACAUAUGUGGUAGCUGUGGCGGCUGGCAUCAGUGUAGCUGCUGCCUUCUUACUACCCUGGUCCAUGCUGCCCGACGUCAUUGAUGACUUCCAUUUGAAGCAGCCCCGCUCUCGUGGAACUGAGCCCAUCUUUUUCUCCUUCUAUGUCUUCUUCACCAAGUUCGCCUCUGGAGUCUCACUGGGCAUCUCCACCCUCAGUCUUGACUUUGCUGGGUACCAGACCCGUGGCUGCUCCCAGCCGGCACGUGUUAAGUUCACCCUGAAGAUGCUGGUGACCAUGGUUCCCAUAGUCCUCAUCCUGCUAGGCCUGCUGCUCUUCAAGCUGUACCCGAUUGAUGAGGAGAAGCGGCGGCAAAACAAGAAAGCCCUACAGGCUCUGAGGGAGGAGGCCAGCAGCUCGGGCUGCUCUGACACAGACUCUACAGAGCUGGCCAGCAUCCUCUAGGGCCUGCUGUGGGCCUUGCUCAAAGCCACCAUGCACAGGACCUGGGUCAUCAGGCCACACAAGAAAUCCGGGCAUGCUUGCCUGCUCACUGAAUAGCUGGUCUCCAGGUGCCAGGAAGAGUGCCAAAGACUCAGAGUAAGCAGCCCAGGACACCUCCUGUGCCCACUGUGGGGCAGGCCGUUCAUACAGCUGCCUGCCUCCCUCUGCCUGCUGUGGGGCUGAGCCCUGGGGCUGCUACUGUGAAUAUGCCAAGGACUGAUUGAGUCUAGCUCGGAACACUAAUGUAGAAACAUUUUAUACAGAGACUAAUUAAUAACUUAAUGACCAUGUACAUAGCAAUGUGUGUGGGUGUGUGUAUGUCUGUGAGCUAUUCAUGUUAUUAAUUUUCAUAAAAGCUGGAAAAUGGG